AUGCAGUGGACGACAUCCGAACACUCGCCGAACACCUUCAAGCGUCCCCUGGGGCCCAACGAGGUGUUCAUCAAGCUGGUCAGUGAUCCAGGCCACGCGUUCGGUCGUGAACACUGGGCCAUCAAUUACACGGCGACCAUUAGUCCUCGUGGGGCAUUCGCGGCUUUGUCCGGCUUCCCCGACCUUCUACCAAGCCUCAUCCGCUACAGUUGGUUGCAUCUGCGCUUCCAGCACCCCAGUCUAGCUGCCCAUCCAGACCCCAACUCCAACGUCGUCUACACGGUUCCUGAGUCUGCCGAUGCUCUUAGCGAAUGGGCCUCGCAGACCUUCACCGUGGAGGCCGAUGCUCGGUCCGCCGACGAGGUUAUUGCCACCAUUGCACCAGCUGCGGAUGCCCGACUGUACUAUAUCACCCAAUCGUGUGAGCUGCUCCUGCACACCGCACACUGGCGCAUGGAUGGAGUCGGCGGCCUGCUCCUCCUCGGCCAACUAGUGAACCUCAUGGUCUCACAUGCCGACAACUACCUGUCAGGAAAGCUGCCAGACCCGUUCGAUGCCUUCAAUUGGGGAUCGGAGGUUGCACGCCUGACGCCCCCGGUCGAGGAGGCAGGCAACAUGCCACUCACCGCAACCGAUGAGGAGAAGGCUGUCGCCCACGGGGCAGUUGGCACCUUUGCCCUAGCCACCGGCGCCCUCGGGGUGCCCUAUACUGGAGAUAUCACGAGCGUGCCCUCCGGUACGCGGGCCUCCGAGCUCAAGUUCUCACCCGCCACAACGUCCGCCGCUGUGUCCGCCGCAAAAGCACGCGGGGUCGGAAUCACAGCCGCCGUGCAUGCUAGUCUAGCCGCAGCCAACUUCCGGCACGCGAUCGCGGAACACCAGGGCCGACACUACACCAGUACGAUCAAACAAUCGCUGCGACCUUAUCUGCCCGAACCAUACUCGACACCCGCAGCGGCAGCCGGGCUAUACACGUCCGGCUGGUUGGUGCGGGUCGACCCCUCCGGGACUUGGGAGGAGAAUGCCCGCAUUUAUCAGAAGGAGUAUGAGAAGGGCAUCAGCAGCGAGUAUCUCCAGGCGCACCGGGAGUAUGCGUCUACUUUGGUCGAGGUGAUGAAGACCUUGCCGACACCGACAGAGCCGCCUAGCGAUAUAGAUAUUAGCAGCAUGGGGAUCAUGGAGAAGUAUUUGGAGCGCGAGUAUGGAACCCCGGAGCGCGGGUUUAGCAUCACGCAUGCUGGAGUAGGCGUGGAGAUAAUUUCACGACAAGGUGUGGUUUUUGUGUGGACGUUUCGUGAUCAGUUGACACUACGGCUAGUGUGUAACGAGGCCUUCCACACCCCGGAGCAGAUGGCGGAGUUUUUACGCGACAUUCAAGCGGACCUGUUGGAUCAAUUAGGGGUGACGGAGUAG